AUGUCCUUUAGUACUUUCACUCGUCUAUCUGCUAGAAGGAUGGCUCUAGCUGCCACAAGAACUCGUGUUCUUCCUCAAGUAAUGAGAAAGGCAAAUUCAUUUACACCUAUCACAAGAUCCUUUGCUUCUUCCACUAUAAGAUUUAAUCAGCAGAGACAAGCUGUAAGUGAAAUUUUAAAAUCCGAACUGAAACUUGAGACCGAAUCAUCUGCUGCUCCUGAAGAAGUUGAAACGCCAGCCCUGUUUCAAGAUUUCUUAGACAAAUAUGGAUUUGAAAUUGUAGCAACCCCAGGUAAAAAUGAUGCACACAUCUUUAAAAAAACAGAAGCUGGUGAAACUGUCAACGUUUACUUUGAUGUUGCUCAAGUUGCCAAUUUACCAUAUGAUGAUGCUAUGACUGAAGACGUCACAAACGAAAAGAAUAAUCUAGAGGAAGAAGAUUUUGAUUCCAUAGCUGACAAUUUUGCUAAUGUUAAUGUUGUCGUUAGUAAGGAUACCGACGGAUCCAGUGUUGCCUUUGAUUUAUUGAUGAAUCUCCAAGAAGGUUCAUUUUACGUGGAUAGCGUUACCCCAUUUGCCUCUAAGGAUGCAGCUUUGAAUGAAUCUGCUGAAGCAGAAUUAUCAAGAGAAUUAUCAUACCAUGGCCCCCCAUUCUCUAAUUUGGAUGAGGAACUACAAGAAACUUUAGAGAUUUACUUAUCUAGUAGAGGUAUCAACGAAGAAUUAUCUUCCUUCAUUAGCGCCUACUCUGAAUUCAAAGAAAAUAAUGAAUAUAUCCAGUGGUUAGAAAACAUGAAAAAGUUCUUUAACUGA